GCUUACCAGCGAGCUUGCGUACAACCAUUGGCCGGAUCGGACAGGAUGUCGCGUAGACAAGUGGCACCUCUCCUCGUAGCUGGCUUGACAGGCAUCCUUUCAGGCAUAUACAUCUUCAAACCGCUCCUCGAGUCGGAAGCCAAGUCGCUUGACGCUCAAAGCUCGAUUGGAAUCAAGAACGAUAGAAGCACCGAAAAAAAUGCUCCGGAUUUGACAGUUUCUGAGCCGCAAACUCACGCAGCGAUCACUUCUGCUAAAGGUCGUUCUGCUAGUUCAGAUGGGGCCAAUCGAGUAGCGGACUAGAGUGAAGUACGGAAAGGCAUAUCAGAGCCCACGUUGUGUAUAUACAUGCUGCUCCUUCGCUACUGAUCGAUAUCCAUUUUCGAUCCAUUACCUUCGACAGGUUGACUUGGUUUUGGCUCGACCCGGCACUCCCAAAUCUGCCAGGAUAGGCAUCAGCAACACUGUUGAUCAGGCA